AUGGCGGGCAAGGCAUCAAGUUGCCUGGCUGCCUGUCCUGAGUUGCAGCUUCCUGCUAGCAGCAUCACGUAUCUUGACUCCGUACUGUCGGAACUCAGUGCUGAAGAGACCGAAGACUAUGCUGCCCUGCGCGCUCUGCUCGAGCCUUUUCUCUUGGAUGCAUUGAAGCAGAACGGGCGCGAGACACCGCACAACAGUACCAGCGAUACCAAGGUGGAGAUUCUGUGUCAGUUGCUCUACAACCACCUCAGAAAGGAAACGAACAAUUCGCAACGACGGUUGGGCGAGACACCACAUAUCUCUGCUGCCUUGCGGAAAGCUGCCGCUUCCGUCUCAGACAGGUUGCAACUCUCAACAAAUCUGCCCUUGAAGCUGGGUCCGCAAUGGAAGAACGUCGUCUCAGUGAUGGAACCUGCUGGCCUUCUGCAUGCCGCUGAAAUCAGCGAUCUUGCAAUCCGCGCUGUUGCUGCAAACAAGCGAUAUGUUGCCACUUGCGCAGAAGACUGCACUGCGCGUCUGUAUGACUGGAAAGGCACGCUCGUGCACACCUUUCAGACGGCUCAGAAGACUCGAAAUGUGGCCCUGUCUGACAAGUAUUUAGCAACUGGCGAGAAGAACGGACAAGGAGAACUUUUUGAUUUGAGCAAGCGGAAUCAUGCAUCAACUUUCCAAUUUCCGGGCAAAGUGACCAUGACAAUGUACAAUGUGGCAAUCACUGCAGAGCACGUUCUCCUAUCGUCCUGCCGCGGCUUUGGCGUCAAGACGAAUGGUGAGGACCGGAAGCUUCAUGUUGCCAAUCUGUACAAACUGGAUGGCUCAUUGCUACAUACUUUGGACCACGGAUCCCUGGUCGGUCGCGCGGGCAUAUGUCUCAAUGAGACGAAGGCAGCUACCUCUGGCGAAGAUAAAGUGGUCAAGGUCUGGGAACUCUCCUCGGGCCAGCUCCUUCACAUUAUUCCAGCAGAGAAGGAGCGCAGUCCUGGUGUGCGCUUCCUUGAUGGCCAGCUGCUCCUGUCAGGAGCCUCGAACGUUGCUAUCUACGACUUGAAGAUGGGCAAGCUGGAGCGUCAGCUCGAGGUGCCUCGAGUGGAACGGGGCACCCUUCGGGCAACUCCACAGACGUAUCCACGCCUCGCAGCUGGUGGCAAUUAUGUUGUGUCAGCAAGCGAAGACCGGCAUGCAAGCGUUUGGACAUUCUCUGACGGAAGACUUCUUUGCACUAUUUCGGAUGAACGACGUAUUUCUGGUGACUUCUACGCGGCCGUUUGCAACGAACGUUUGGCCUUAAUUUGUGGGAAAUCUCUCAAGAUAUACGACCUGUCUGUCCAUGCUGGCUACAAGCGCGCUGUUUCGGAGGGCCUCGGUGUCUCGCUGCGCUUUCUCAUCGAUCCAGCACAAUUUUCACAAAUAGCUCAAGAAGCGGCGGGAAAGGAGAAUCCUAACUUCCACGAACUGGCGCCUGUCAUCGCCUACGGUCCCACAGCUUUGGGCUCUGGCUCCGUGUGUCCUCGCGAUGGUCGCCCAGGAUGUGCUCUUGUGGAUGUGGUGCCUUCCGGGCCAGCGACGCAUUUUCUGUCUUGGGCUUGGUCCUAUCAGCUGCAAACAGUCGUGCUGGCGCUGCGGCACUGGGGUGAGGACACUGGCAAUGAAGUCAAUUCUGAUCAGACAUUCAUCUGGAUCUGCUUCUUUUGCAACAAUCAAGAACGGAUCCUCAACGAGAAGUCCAAGGAGGGCUCGGAUGACCUGGAGACAACAUUCCAGUCUCGUCUGCGAUCUAUUGGGCACGUUCUCGUGUUGUUCGACAACUGGAGCAAGCCUUUCUACCUGACGCGGGUCUGGUGCAUCUUUGAGACCUUCGUUGCAGCGAAAUCGGAUAUUUCUUACACAUUGAUAUUUCCGCCGGAUUCUGCCGAAAGCAUGCACGGGGCCUUGCAACGUGGGAUGCACAUGGAAGUCACCAAAGACUGGAGCAGUAUAGAUGUGGCACAUGCGACAGCCAGUCGCCCCGUGGAUGAAGAGAAGGUGAAAGGCAUGAUCUCGCGCACUUCAUCGUUUGACGAGGUGAACAGUGUUGUCAAGGACCAUUUGGUAAAUUGGUUCAAGAAGCAGUUCCAGGCGGUUUUUGAGCAGGGCGUGCGAGACGGCCCGGGGCCGCCUCAGCUUCGGACCAGCUGCGAAGCUUCGAAGGCUGAACUUGCCCAGGCGCUGGAGGAGCGAGAUGCAGAGAUCGUGCGGCUGACCGCGGCAUGUGCUUCAAAGGAUGAAGAACUCACCCAGGUAAGAAAGGCGCUGGAGGAGCGCGAUGCAGAGAUCGUGCGGCUGACGGCUCUGCUGCCGGCUGGAAGCGCUGCCAGGGCUGCCAAGUCAGACCUACUCGAUGCUGGCGCUUCCGAGGUAGACAGCUUGGCUAUUUCCCUGGCAGCGAUGACGUGGGCCGAGCUUUCCGUUGAUGGCAAGCCUUGUGAUCAUACAAUGGCGGAGAUCUUGGCGCCCUCACUACAGGAGGCCUUCCAUGAGUGUGGUGAUUGGCCUGCAAGUGAGGACAUGGAAAGAGCAAAGUUGAUGGCGGCAGCCCUUCUGGAACAGCUACGAGAUGAUGACUAG